UGUAAUUUUACAGUUUCGGUUUUUGUCCGCAUGCGGGUGUGAUAUUUUUUUUUCAAAUUUCACCCUCGUUUAAAAGUAGGAAACCAUGGGGGUUCGUGGUUUGACUACUUACAUCGCCGCAAAUGCGGAGCGCUACUUGGAACCCUUCGAGCUGCACGAUUGUGAUUUGGUCAUCGAUGGGGAUAAUCUGUGCUUCCAACUGUACGUCCGCUCCGAGGCAGGGAUGGGCGCCUUUGGAGGGAACUAUGAUAAUUUCUACAGGGCGGUAUUGGAUUUUUUUGCCUUGCUGAGAAAGUGCUCAAUUCGUCCGUGGGUUUUGCUGGACGGAGGCUAUGAGGCCUGUAAACUAAAAACGGUGCGGCAAAGGAUGUUGGGUCGGAUUCAGUUCAUCAAGCACGUGAAGGUUGGGUCAAAUAGAUUGUUGAUUCCUCUAUUAAUGAGAGAAGUCUUCGUGGAUGCCUUGAGGGCCAUUAAGGUUCCCUUUAUGAGGUGUCUCUUUGAGGCUGAUAACGAAAUAGCAGUUCUAGCUAGGAAGUUGGAUUGUCCGGUUCUGAGCUAUGAUAGCGACUUUUACAUUCACAAUGUAAGAUAUAUACCAUAUGUAACAUUGAGUCAUAAAGUCUACCGGAAAACGAUUCAAAAUGAGGAAAACUUCCAAAUCGAGCUUGUCAGUAAAAAGGCUAAAGUCAAAAGUAAAUUGCUCGCUAAGGAAGGAACUUCGGAAAUUUUACCGGAACAAAUUCAAGAGUCGUACAACUAUUUGGACUGUUCGCUUUACACAAUAGAAAACCUAAUCGGCUCAGCGCACAAGCUGAAACCGGAAAUGUUGCCCCUGUUCGCAACCUUGCUCGGAAACGAUUACAUAGAAAGGCGGAUUCUGAAAACAUUUUACGCCUCGAUGACCGUUGGCAAAACGAACCGAAAGGUUCCGCGUGAAAAGCGCAAAAUCCUGGGAAUAUUACGGUGGCUCCAGCAUCACACGGUUCAAUCGGCGACCAACACCAUUCUCGGGCAGAUCAAGGAACGCAACAGACAAAAGUUGAAGCGGCAGUUGCGUGGGGCAAUGCAUGGAUACAACUGCGAAGAAUGUGACUCGUUUGAGUAUUUUGGUUUCGAGGAGGAAUCGCAAUAUGACGAUGUGGAAGAAGCUGAUGAAGAUGUUAUGCUUGAAGAGGACCGAGCUGAAAAGCAACUCAACGCUCUUGAAAGUGGAAACUCAGCCGGUCAAGUCGAAACAACAGAAAAUCAAGAAACAGAUUUCUUUGAAGGAGAAGAAGAUGAUGAGCAAGAUAAUAGUGAAAAUGAUAAUAAUGAAGAACAAACGGAAGAUGAAGAUGAUGGUGAAACAGAUAAUGGUGAAGUUGAUGAAGAUGCCCCCGUUGAAGAUCCCGAUCUUGAAGAUACGUUUGAGUGGGAAGAUUGGGUUGUAGACCUUUUUCGAGCAGGUCGAACACCACGUUUCGUCAUGGAUCUGUACCGUUCAGGGCUGUAUAUCAACUAUCCCCAGGUAGAAGACAUCCACAAGCCGGAUAGCAAUGCGUUGUGCUACGAUUUAUUGAAGCUUAUCUUCGCUCUACUGAUGAACGGUAAAAAAAGGCAGUCGUUCCGAUACCUCACGCGUUGCCAAAAAGUAACGCAAUUUCGAUGGAUGAAAUUCUAUGACGUUACGCUACCCGAUAAUUUGAAAUAUGACCCACAUAAACCGAAGAAUUUAUCACUGUUCAAAGCUUUGCUCGAAUCUUUGUCAACCGAUUCAGGUCUUUUGGAAGCAGUUAAGCUUUUACCUCCCAAUUUACGUCUAUACUUUUUGAGCAUAGUCUAUUGGGCCAACAAAUGUUCCGAUGUAACGAGCAUCCACGUUCAUACCUUGAUAGUUUGCUUGAUGCAGUUACUGGUGAUAGACAAACAUUUAUCCAACAGAAAGCGUGACGUGAAAGUCUUUCUGACUAACUACAAGUCGAAUUUAGAAUCAAUGAAACGAACUUACAAAAAAGUUGAAUUGAAAGAAGAAACGUUGACUAAAAAUCUGAUAGCCGAACUUUGCAAAAAGGUCUCAAAAAUAGAAGCAAUUCUAUCGUAUGAUCUUUUCAUAAACUUCUUCCACAUAAACGAGCGCCAAACGCGAAAACAUGCCGAGUUCGAUAGAUUUCUGGCGCAUACUUUUGCUCAGCUUCAAGCGGUCACACUUAACAUGUUUACUCUGAACGCCCUGCUACAGCAUCCCUUUGAAUCGUGUAAAAUGUACGAACUGUACAAUGGACUAUUCACCCAUAACGUGUACCACGCGAUGAAAAUACGUACCGAUCCAAUCAACUACCUCGAAGGCACAAUUUACCGUUAUUCCGGAACCAUGAUGAUCAUCCAUCGGUUGUUGUUCGACUGGGUUCGCGCGGCUGUCCCACAACUGGAAUCCCGCCUGGAAACGAAGAGGCUGACUAAAACGGCAUUAAAACCUAAAAUCACCAAACCAGGCGAACGAAAGCUGGAAGUGGUUGCGAAUGAUUGCAUCGAUGCAGAUCUGUUGGAAUCGAGUGAAGAUGACGGGGAAGGGUUUAGUGACUUGAACAAUCAGUUUAGCCAGUUGUUGCAAAUAUCAUGAAAUUAUGUUGUUGAAGUCACACACACGUUCUGCGUUGCGUUUAGCUAACGAAAAUGUAUCCCAAAGCCUUGUGAAGAAAGCAAUCAGAUUAACGGAGUGAUUGUGAAAACCCCA